AUGUCUGUCACCACAGUACUGAGUGCUGUGUCAUCACACGCUGGACGGCAGUACCAUUUUGUCUAUGAGCAGAAGAACAUGACUGAAGCAAAAAGUUACUGCAGAGAGAAAUACACAGACCUGGCCACUAUAGACAACAUGGAGGAUGUGAAGACCCUGAACAACAUGGCAGAUUCAAGCAAAAUGUUCUACCCAGGAUACCCAACAUACUACAACAGUCGAGCCUGGAUAGGACUGUACAAUGACGUGGACAGCUGGCGGUGGUCACUGACAAACACAGGUUUCUACAAACCUGGGGAGACGAAGUUCAGACAAUGGCGGACUGGGGAACCGAAUAAUGAAUCCAGUAAAAAAUACUGCACAGAGAUGGGUGAUGAUGGGAAAUGGAACAACGUCAGUUGUGAAAGCUCCAAGAAGGCAGUCUGCCUACAUGUCAGAGGGCCAGAUGUGACUUUUAUCCUCAUUGACAUCUCCAUGACGUGGCCUGCGGCCCAGAGCUACUGCAGAGAACAGUACACAGACCUGGCCAGUGUGAGAAACAGCACAGAGAACCAGAAGGUUAAGGAGCUGAUACCUACUGGAGAAUCAGUCUGGAUCGGCCUUUUCAGAGACUCCUGGAAGUGGUCGGAUGGAAGUACUUCCUUAUUCAGGUACUGGAACACUGGGGAACCCAACAAGAAUGGGAACGAGAAUUGUGUGGCCACAGCCUUCAGUCAAUCUGGACGAUGGGAAGACUGGAACUGUGACGUCAAGAGAGCAUUCAUUUGUUUCGGUCCAGUGCCUGCUUCAAAGCAUGUGAUAAGACUGACGUUGGAGAAGAAGAACUCCCUGGAUCUGAACAACCCUGCUGUGAUGGAGGCCAUGUUGAAGCAGCUCAAACAGAAGCUGAAGGCCCAGGGGCUGGACGACAACAUCACACUGAGCUGGAGGAAGCAGGCCGAUGGAAAAGUCUUCCACAAGAAGAAGAAGGAUGAGCUGUAAUCAGCGCUGCGUGUGUUUCUUUCCUUAGAGUCCUAACGGGCCAGAAUAGAGAUGUGACAAUCAGCGGAUUAAAACUAUUUUAAUAAUCACUUCAUCCUUUUAGUCAUUUUGCAAGCAAAAAUGCUAAAUAUUCACCGCUUCCAGCUUCUCAAAUAUAAAGUUUUGAUUCUUUUCUUCGUCAUGUAUGAUCAGAAACUUCAGUGUUUCCCACAGAAUUAGAUUCUAUUUGCGGUGGUAGCUGACCCAGAGGUGGGGGGUCCACGCACGGAAAGAGGUGCACAAUUCUUAUAUUAAUUGUACUGCAAAUAUUUUUGGCAACUUUGUAUAACAGCUUAAACAGACAGACAAUCUGUCCACAGUCCCAUUCUCAAGGCUAUAACAGCUUAACAGCAGCUAUUACAGCACACAAUGUAAUCUUUCAACAAAAAAAAACAAUAUAAAUUUGCUCUUUGACAAAACAAAAGAUGCCACAAGUUGUAGUUCUGUUUUUACAGCCAGAUGCUGUUCACCUCUUUGUGAC